AUGGAAGAAGCAAGUAGAAAUCGAGCGGAGGCGGAAAGAUUGCUUGGAAUAUCGGAAAAACUUUUGCAGAACCGAGAUCUGAACGGCUCCAGAGAGUUCGCUGUUUUGGCCCAAGAAACCGAGCCACUCCUCGACGGCUCCGAUCAGAUCUUGGCCAUCGUCGACGUCCUCCUCGCCUCCCAGAAGCGCAUCAUCAACAACACCAAACACGAUUGGUACGCCAUUCUCCAGCUCGAUUCCCGAUCUGACGACCACGAUCUCAUCAAGAAGCAGUAUCGACGCCUUGCCCUCCUCCUCCAUCCUGACAAAAACAGCUACUCUUUCGCCGAUCACUCCUUCAAACUCGUCGCCCAAGCCUGGGCCGUCUUGUCUGAUCCCGCCAAGAAAACCCUAUACGAUAAUGACCUAAGCCUUUUCUGCUCUUCGCAGCAGAGCAAAUUGCCCGUUCGGAGGACCAACUCGACACCGUUCACACCCGUCUCCGCCGCCGCCGGGAGCUCGACGGAGCCUUCUUUGCGGCACCAGAGUCUACUGAGGCUUCGGAGCUUCUGGACAUUGUGUCCAUACUGCUACGCUUUGUAUGAGUACCCUAGGGUUUAUGAGGAUUGUUGUUUGAAGUGCCAGAAAUGCCAGAGAGCGUUUCACGCCGCUCCGCUGGUCGAUCCCCUACCGCCGAUGGUCCCCGGUCAGGAAGCGUACUAUUGUUGCUUAGCUUUUUUCCCACUUGGCUUCGUCGCUGCCAAGGGUAAUUCGGAGAAUGGUGGAGUGAAGGAGCCAGCUGCAUUUCCCAAUUGGAUGCCGCCCAUGUUCCAGGCAUCGGGGCCGCCACCUCCACCGCCAUCGCAGCCGCAGACAGGGAGGACUGCCGCGGCACAAGUGGACCAGGUUCCGAAGAAGAGGGGAAGGGGACGACCUCGUUUAUCUUGAAUCUCUCUUAGAAAAGCCAAUUCCGGAACAAGUUUGGUCAGUGAUAACAUAAUUUAUCUCUAGUUCUUUGAGAUAAAUUUAUCCUAUUCCAUGAGGGAAAAAAAAUUGACUUGUGCGAUAGUUCAAUGUUGUAGCUUGUUAUCAAAAAAAAUGUUGUAGCUGUUGUUUGUUCAUGUAUUUAAUAAUUUGAUGCGUCACUGUUAUGAUUAUAUUGUGCCA